CACCAGCAUUUCCCUCCGUCCAUAAACGCUCCGAUCAUCGAACUCCAUUUGCCACCAGUAUAAAGCUUUCUGUCAAUCUGUCAUAGUGUUAUCGUUCCCAACAGUAGAAAUCCAUUCGCGUUUACGAUCUAAAGGAGCAAAGGUUACUACAAUGGCUGCCCCAUUCGUUGCAGAGGUUCUCCCUCCGAAUUUGGAUUCCAACUCUGAGCCGCCGCAGCUCUUCGAUGGAACCACCAGGUUGUAUACCAAUUUCCAGUGCCCUUAUGCUCAGCGUGUUUGGAUUACUAGAAAUUACAAGGGUUUACAAGAUAAGAUAAAAUUUGUUCCAAUUGAUCUUCAGAACAGGCCUGCUUGGUACAAGGAAAAAGUGUACCCUGAAAACAAGGUGCCUGCAUUGGAGCACAACAACAAAAUAAUUGGGGAGAGUUUGGACUUGGUUAAGUAUAUCGAUAGUAACUUUGAAGGGCCUUCUCUUUUACCCAAUGAUCCUGAGAAGCAGAAGUUUGCUGAAGAGUUGAUAGCCUACACUGACACAUUCAACAAACAAGUGUUCGGUUCAUUCAAGGGAAACCCAGAGAUCGAUGCAGCUGGUGCCUUUGACCACAUAGAAAAAGCACUUGGUAAAUAUGAUGGACCUUUCUUCCUUGGAGAAUUCAGUCAGGUAGACAUUGCUUAUGCUCCGUUCAUUGAAAGGCUCCGGCCCUUCAUACUAGAAGUGUUUAAGUAUGACGUUACAUCAGGCAGGCCUAAACUAGCAGCAUGGAUUGAGGAGGUGGAGAAGAUUGAUGCUUACACAGUGACAAAAUGUGAUCUCCCGAAGACCAUUGAAUUCUUCAAGGCUCGCUUUAUGGCCUGAAAUUCGAGUUGUGUUUGAUCUCUGCCAUUGAUAAGAUUGUGUGGCUUUCAUCAAGAUGUGAUGCUGUUUGCAACAUUCAAUCUUCAACAUUGUAACGCAUCAUAUGAUCUUGUUGUAUAGUUUACUGUGUUAAAUUCCUGGUUGGUCUAUACUUCACUGUUGAUUCGACAAUUGUAAUGUUUGGUGGGGUGGCAGAGGUUUCCCAUUUCUUUGUGGAAUAAAAAUACUUUGUUUUGUAACAAAUGGUUGUGACUUGUGCGUACUGUGUUCGAUAUAUCAAGAUGUUGGGUAAGGGCAA